UGCGCGGGGGCGAAAGAGCCGAGCGGGGGGCCCCGUCGAGGACCGGAGCGGCGGGGAUGGCGGCCUAGAACCUGUCGGGGCAGCAGAGUGCCAGCUGCUUUCCCGGUAGUGGUUUCAGCCUCCUGCUUCUGGCGUUUGGGGGCUCCAUUAUGACAGAAGAGCCAGCCUUCUGAGCUCAGAAUGAUUGUGCUGGCUCCAGCCCUUCACUUAGGACCCCGAGACCAUGGCUGAGAAGGGCCUCCGGAGAGCUCUAAGCUCUUCCCUCCACAGCGACGACCUCUUAAGCGACAUGGAGCUGCUGCCAGCCUCGGACCCUCCCACCCCCGGGCAGCAGGUGCCCUGUUCUCAGCUGGCCACCCCAUAUACCUCCAAAGUAACCACCCAGCUCUACGCCUCCCUUCACCAGAGCCGGCAGGCCGAGGCUCAGGCCUCUUCUCGGCUGGAGGGACAGCAUGGCUCGGCCCUAGCUAGGAAAGCCAUGGAUGCUGAUGUCGAUAUGGACACUCUGGCGGAAGAGCUGAGCCAUCGGCUUUCCGCCAGCGUGGAGGCCAUGGCGUUUAGGCAGGGUGCCGUGGCCGAGUCGCGCCACAUUUCCGAGAUGGAGAACGUGCGGUGCCACCUGCAGAGUAUGCUGCGGGGAUCCAGAGAUGUGCCUGGGGGUCCAACAGUCACGCUAGAAUCCCUGGAACGCAAAGAUGACGACUCCUUUGAGAGUGACAGCACGGGUGCUCUGCUCAACGCUCGUCCUCUGCACGAUGUCUCCCCUCCAGGAUCUCUGGCCAGCUUCGAGGAUCUCUUCCCCCGCUACACCAGCCUGCGCCUGGGUCAUUUCCAUGAUCCAGUCUCCCAGCUGGAUCCCCGCUUGUUAAAAGACGCUUUGGAGAAAGAACAGGCCCGGCGGAAACACUGCGAGCGGCACAUCCAGGCCCUCCAGAACCGCCUCCUGGAGCUGCAGCAACAGCUGGCGGUGGCCACCUCGGCCGACAAGAGGAAAGACAGCAUGAUCGAGCAGCUGGAUAAGACUCUGGCCAAAGUGGUGGAAGGCUGGAACCAGCAGCAGGCCGAGCGGACGGCGACCCUGCGCAGGCUGCAGGCCGACAAGGAGACCGCUGAACAGGGGCUGGGGAGGCAGAAGGAGGUGGGUCUCCUUGGGAAGCAGUUGCUGGAGCUAAGCAACCACCAUGAGAAAGAGUUGGCGAAACAGCUGGCUCAGUUCAAAUUGGAUUUGGCUGAGAAGGAGGCUCAACAGAAGCGCCUCACUGAGGACUACGAACAUAGGCUCUCCAAGCAGCGCGACGACUUGCGAGAGUUCAAGGCCAGGUACCGGCGCCUGGAGGCUCAGCGGGCCGAGAUGGUCAGCCAGUUCCAGGCCAUGAUGCAGUCCCACUGGAACGAGGCCCUCCGGCUCUUCGCCACCGGCGGCCCUUCCCUCCAGCCUUCACCCAAAGCCCCGUGCCAGGAGGCUGAAGCAGACCCCAACUCCGAGUCAGGAUUCCUGGGGCCCUCCGACCCGCCCAAGAAGACCCCGAAGGGGGAGACUCUCUGCAGCAAUGCUGCCAUGGGCGACUGCAAGGAGCUGGCGUGGGCCAAGGUGGGGCCGCUGCAGCCUGUCCUCCAUCAGCAGGCCAAAUUGCAGGGGGGCUCGGAAGGACCCGAAAAACGCCUGCGGGAGUCUUCCCGGCCUUUUCUGCCCCUGGUGCCGGACGUAGGGCGCCUCUCCUCCGAAUUCAGCCACAUUCUCAACUCCAGCCUCCUCAGCCAACAGGGCUUCCAGCAGCUGGACCCCCAGGUGGACACCACCAUUGCCGGAUCAGGUUUGAAUUUCCACCCAGAAAACCUGGCCGAACACCCCUUUGCGGAUGAGAGGGAUGACUCCAGCCCGGAGCUGGCAGGGAAUGACAGCGAGGUCACUCAGCCCAGCACUGGCGAGGGUGGGGCGCAGGGACUGCAGCCGGACUUAAACUACUAUAUGCGCCUGCUUCUGAGCCACUCAGACUUCGAAGGAAGCGCAACGCAGCAGGAGACGUGUGCCACAGACAGCCCACCCCGUACCAUGAAUCGGACACAGGCCGGUAACUCUCAGCUUUAUCACGAACGGUCCACAGCCCUCUGGGAUCCGGCGCAGUCCUCUUUCAGCACGAUUCGCAUCCAGCCACCCAGCAGCGCCGCCGUCCACAAAACCAAAGUCCCCCUGCCCAAAUCUGGACCGGUCUGCUUAAGCCUGGAGCCAGUGAGCCCCUCCAAACAGAACGUUGCCCACGAAGAAGGCAUCCUGUCUCCCAGCCACGUGGCAGCCGUCUCCCUCCUUCUCAAACAGUACCAGGCCAAGGGGAGACCUGUGCCCUCCGCAGAAGAGCUGUACAAAUACUUGCACAGGAUAGGGCAGAACGGCCCAGAAACCAAAGGCGACGGGAACCUGCCAGCCCGCCGGAACCUCGAUCCGAAAUUGUCCGAAUCAAUGAGGAAAGAGGGCCCUCCCAGCCGGCGGGCGGGGAGCUCAGGGCCUGGUCGCGAGAGGUCCCACCCUCCUGGGAAGACGGGGAAGAAGCUCUCCGGUUCGCUGGCCUCCCACUCUCGCAGCAGCAGCAGCAGCCGGGGAGGAGGGAGCGUGUGGAGAUAGCGUCUCGGCCAGCAGAUCACUUAUCUCCCCCCCCCCCCCCAUUUCGUGGUUUUGUCCGCUGGAUCGACACAGGUGGAGUGUCAACAACCCCCGGCUUGCUGUCCAGCUAGGGAAUCUAA